AUGUAAGAUACUAUCAAUAUAAUGAACAAAGAAAUAGAUGAAUAUUUCUUAGACAAUGUAAUUGAGGUAAAAAAGAUUUAUAAUAAGUUUUUACACCAAGCAGUUAAGAGCGAAUUUGAAAAAAUGAUAGUGAAACACCCUUAUAUGGAUGGGAUUAACUUAGUAAAGCAUUUAUUUCAUGGAACAAGACAAAAUGAUCCCUUUAAAAUAUACUCAUUUGAGCAUGGAUUAGAUAUGAGGUAUAGUAAUAAUGGUGUUAAUGGGAUAGGGUUGUAUUUUGCAGAUAAUUCAAAUUAUUCUCAAUCCUAUUGCCAUACCAAUAACGUUGGAAUAAAGUAGCUGUUUAUGUGCACUGUUAUUACAGGUUUGUCAUCAAAUUAAGGAGGUGGAAAAGGUGCAAGAAUGCCUGCACCAAUACCAGGUAAAUAAGGAGUACUUUAUGAUUCAUUUAAUAAUGGAAAUAAAGGUCAUUAUGUUAUAUAUGAUAAUCAAAAAUCAUACCCAGGUUAUUUAAUUUCUUAUAAAUGA